AUGGACAGCCAUGAUUCCGUACAGAGCUACAACCUUAUUGUGUACACUAGGGAUGAGCUGUUAGUGCUUUGUAACACAGUGCUGCCCUAUGAGAGACCCAACAUCCCCUAUGAGCUGAGGAAUAAGCAAGGGAGUCCUGUCAGGGCUCUACAUCAUGCCAGGAGGAGAUGGUACAGACCUGCGUUCUCCUCCAUCAUUAUGGGCAAUGUGAGAUCUCUCCCCAGUAAAACGGACAAGCUGUCAGCACUGACCCAUCACCAGAGGGAGUACAGGGCGUUUAGCAUCACGCUGUUUACAGAUAUAGCUAAUGUUAUAACAAUGGAACCAGGGCCAACUAGAAUGGCAAUCAGCCAUGUCACGGACAUCAAGUCUGCUUUCCAUCAGCUAAUGCCAGAUUCGAUCCUCCAAAUAAUCCUGGACUGCACAAACCGCGAAGGUAGGCGUGUUUAUGGAGCGAGGUGGAAGGUCAUAGACAUGAUACUGAUGUACGCCUACCUUGGUCUGCUGUACCUGGCUGGAGUCUUCAGGUCCAAUGGAGAAUCGUUGCAUUCCCUGUGGUCAGCUGAAAACGGCAGGGCAAUAUUCCGGGCAACAAUGUCCUUGGACAAAUUCCAAAUCAUUUCCAGGGUUUUCCGGUUCGAUAACCGAGACGACUUACCAGCUCGACGGCAGACAGACAAGCUUGCAGCCAUCCGGACGGACAAGUGGGUGCACCGCCUCCCCCAGCUUUUCAACCCCAGGCCUAAUGUCACCGUCGAUGAGCAGCUGAUGCCGUUUCGGGGCCGCUGCCCAUUCAGGCAGUAUAUGCCAUCGAAACCGGCUAGGUAUGGCAUCAAGAUCUGGGCUGCCUGCGAUGCUGCUACGUCAUAUGCCUGGAACCUGCAGGUGUACACAGGGAAACCUGAGGGAGGAGUCCCUGAGCGUAACCAGGCGAUGAGAGUUGUCCUGGACCUGGUGGAAAAACUCAAGGGUCACAACAUUACCUGCAACAACUUUUUCACCUCUUACAAGCUGGGACAGGAACUGCUGAAGAGGAAGCUGACCAUGGUGGGAACGAUUUGUAAGAACAAGCCAGAGCUCCCACCACAACUGCUGCAGACAAAGGACAGGCCUAUAAAUUCCGCCAUGUUCAUGUACACGGCUGACACGACCCUGGUCUCCUAUGUUCCAAGAAAAGGAAAGAAUGUUCUUCUGAUGAGCACACUGCAUAGAGAUGGGACAAUCUGUGGCCAAAAACCACAGAUUAUCCUGGACUACAAUGCCACAAAAGGAGGGGUGGACAACAUGGUGACUGCAUACAGCUGCAAGAGGAGGACACUACGCUGGCCACUGGUGAUCUUCUUUGACAUGUUGGACAUCUCAGCGUACAAUGCCUUUGUUGUCUGGACAGCUGUGAACCCAGAGUGGAACAGGAGGAAGCUCCAGAGAAGGAGAUUUUUCAUGGAGGAACUGGGUAAGGCCCUGGUGACACCGUACAUGCAGACAAGACAGCAUGUUCCACGAACACCAGCCUCUGCAGCCAUCAUGAGGAGGAUUCAGGGGGAGGAUGCAGCUGGCCCAUUAACCAGACCUACAGGUUCACAAUCACCACAGCCUCAGGUAAGUGUGUAA